GACAACUUCUUUGUGAACUUCGUCAUACCGUUUAUAUUCCCAUCGUGGCAAAGAGCGGGAGUUUCAGAUCACUUUACAGUUACAAUGGCACCAACAAACUCUCCUGGAGUACCUAGCGAAGGCAACAAGCCUCAGCCGUUGGGCAACUUUCCGCUAGUUCUUCUGUUCACUUUUUGCACUCUCUGCAUCUUGUUCCUCCUAUGGAGGCAAGCAAACAACCUUCGCCGCGUGGUUUCUCACCAGCUCAAGACGUGGUCGAGACAAGAAGGGGCUAUUAGGCUAUCGCAAGACGAUGGGCCAUCUGCUGCUGAGUUUUUGGAGGAUGAUUAUGACGAAGAUGUAGGGAGCAUCGAUGAGCCGUUGGUGCCGAAGCCGGGGCAGCAUCCAAUGGCAAGAAGAGAAACGGAGAGAGAGCUACCACCGAUUCCCAGCGAGUGAGGUGAUUUGAAUAUUGCCUUACGUCGCUCGGCGUAUUUAUUUCAGUUAUUUCAGGACAUUGUAUUAUUUUGAAUCAGAUAUCUCGUUCUAUAUGUAGCGAAAUUGUACGUUUACUCCGCAGUUCAGGUUUCUUAAGUUAGGACAGCACGACGAUGUGCUAUUGUAGGACCUGCCGCAGUUCCAUGUCAUAGUAGAAAACUUGGACGUUUAUAUUAUUAGACUUGAAGCCAGGCACGUGUAAGUUUCUAACACGAAUGGGCUCGCCGCCAUGGCGUAGUGUUUGGUUUGCGAUAACGGUUAGCGCGUUGCUGCGAUUGUCGUCCCGUCAUAUUUGGACUAUAAACUAUACAGAUGGUAUGGCUGUUCUCUUAUACCUGAAUGUGCUGCACCUUCAACGUAUCUUCGUUCUA